AUGAGAAGUCGCUGGGAGAUGUCGGAGACGAAUGAAGAAGAAAGAGGCGGAGGAAAUUACAAACUGAUAUUCAGUGUUUUUCGACUUCUUUUUAGGUACCGAACACUCUGGUUGUCAAGAAUAAUGUCUUCCCCCGCUGAGAAUACACAGCUUGCAUCUCAUUUGUUUGAUGAACUUCUAGGCUCUAUAAUCAUGGAUGUUUCAUCUGAGUGUCACCGAAUUGCAAGAUUAGGACUUGACCGAAAUUUAGAUGAUGAAGAAGAAGAACUAAGGCUAUCAGCACAAGCUAGGGCAAGAGUAGCAGAUCCAAGCAAUAGUGAAGCAAAUAGCAAAUAUGUUGUUGACAUUUUUGGUCAAACUCAUCCUCCUGUAGCCACUGAAAUAUUCGAUUGCAUGAACUGUGGCAGAGCUAUUGUUGCUGGAAGAUUCGCUCCUCAUUUGGAAAAAUGCAUGGGGAAGGGGAGGAAGGCGCGUGUCAAGUCAACAAGAAGUAGUACAGCUGCUGCUGCACAUAAUCGUUUUGAUUUUUGA